AUGCAGAAGGUUACUUUAGCUUAUAAAGAAGAGGAAAUCUACGAGGCGGAAGAAUGUCGAGAAUUUGAUAUGUUAAUAUGCAAAGGUGUUCCAGUAAAAAUUGAUAGUUGUGAAUCGGACAUUUUAAACAAAAAGGAAAGUAAUAAGUGUCAAUCAGUAUCAAUAAGAUGUCCGGAGCAAGAAGUUUUUCAGGUGUCCCCAAAAGCAAUAUACAUGUUUUUUAAUAAAACUACUGAAGUCAGUGUGAAUUGUAAAGGUCAUCAUGAUUUAGUUUGGACAAAAGGUUCUAACAUACUUUAUGGUGAAAAUUGUGAACUUAACAUAUCAGGCAUUAUGGUGUUUCAAACAAGAGAAUCUAAAGAUCAAAUAAUAAUAACAAAUAUUGACACUCCAAUAGUAGAAACAGCGUCAGAAAUGGAUUUGACUUACGAUGCUUCAAAAAUUAAGUCUAAACUUAAGCAAUUAAAAAGCUUGGAACCAUUCGACGAUCACAAGAAACACGAUAUUAUACAAUACAGUUUAAUAAGUAUAAUUGCUAUUGGAAUUGUUUUAAUCAUUUUUGUAAAAAUUCUCAGAUCCAGAUUUUGUAGAAAAACCCGGACUUCGAAUUUGGUGGGGGAUAGUGAAGCCACCCAAAACACCAUAGUCUAUUUUAAAAAACCUAGAAGUCCAACUAUGAAAGAUAACUUAGAUGAUGGACAUGUACGGAUGUUGACCCCGUGGACGUCAAACAAUACCCCAUUAAGGACAGAGACGUCUCAUGUAAAAUAA